GUGAAUAUGGCCCUGGCAGGGAAGCCUUUAGACGUGACUCUCAGCACCUCCAGAGCUGACCAGUGGAAUAUGGUUUUUCCCCAGAAAGACGAAAUCAUCACCAGCUUAGUGUCUGCCUUAGACUCCAUGUGCUCAGCGCUCUCCAAGCUGAACGCGGAGGUGGCCUGCAUCGCCGUGCACGAGGAGAGCGCCUUCGUGGUGGGCACCGAGAAGGGACGGGUCUUCCUCAGCGCCCGCAAGGAGCUGCAAGCUGACUUCCAGAAGUUUUGCAGAGUCCAGCAGAGAAAAGAGCAGGACACAGAGGUGCAGAAGAAGGCAAAGGAUUGCGGGCGAAGCAUGCUCAGGGUCUCCCCGGACCAGGGAUCAGACGUGUACCUCCUCAGGAAGAUGGUAGAGGAAGUGUUUGAUGUGCUUUAUAGUGAAGCCGUGGGGAAGAGCAGUGUGGUCCCUUUGCCGUACGAGAGGUUCCUGAAAGAGCCAGGCUCGCUGGCAGUGGCUGGCUUGCCGGAGGGGAUCAGCUUUAAGAAACCCGUGGAGUAUGAUGUGAAGUCCCUGAUGGCCAUCUUAGAGCACAGCCACAGCAUCCGCUUCAGGCUAAAAAGGCCAGCAGAUGAGCCCAGCCGAGAGCCGAACCCCAGUGUUGAAUUGACUUGUACCUCCCUCGCCUCCAAGGGUGGCCGGGACUCUGGUGCCAACGGCCCCAUGGCCAAACCCGCCGGCCAGGACACCCCCUCCGCUGUCACCGUCACCAACUUCUUAUACGGCGUCUCCCUGCCGACCCAGAUAGCCGUCGACCUAAAGCAAGAGGUGUCCUCCGGCCUGCCCGGGCCGAACGCGGCUGGCGAGGCGCUGCUGCCCAGGCCCGCGGGAGAGCUGAAGGUGCCUUCCUCACAGGAGUACAGCGACUGCUGUGGACAGAAAUCGUCGGUCUCUGGAGGUCCCCUGAUCCAGAACGUGCACUCGUCCAAGCGCAUCCUCUUCUCCAUUGUCCACGACAAGACAGAUAAGUGGGACAGUUUUAUAAAAGAAACUGAAGAUAUCAACACCCUUAGGGAGUGCGUGCAAAUUCUGUUUAACAGCAGAUAUGCUGAAGCCUUGGGGUUAGACCACAUGGUCCCCGUCCCGUACCGGAAGAUUGCCUGCGAUCCCGAGGCAGUGGAAAUCAUCGGCAUCCCGGACAAAAUACCCUUCAAAAGACCUUGCACCUACGGCGUCCCCAAACUCAAGCGGAUACUGGAGGAGAGGCACAACAUCCAUUUUGUCAUCAAAAGGAUGUUUGACGAGAGAAUUUUCACAGGAAGCAAAUUUACCAAAGAUCCAACCAAGCUGGAGCCCUCCAGCCCCCCUGGGGAGAUCUCCCCCGAGCCACACCGCGGGGCCGUACUGGACCUGGUGGGGACCUCUCAGGCCAACAGCAGGUCUGAGAAGUGUAGUGUUUCUGAAAGCUGUGAACCAGGUACCUCAGGAGAGCUGGGUGGGAUCAGGCAGAUCAAAAUUGAGCCGGACGAGCUGGACAUCAUCCAGAUCACUAUGCCAGACCGAUCGCCUGGUUCAGAUGAGAUGCAUGACCCAGUGCCCACGCACAUGGCCUCGGAGGAGCCAAACUACAUCCUAGAAACGGUAGCAGGGACAGAGAAGGGGCCCAGUGAGGAGUCAAGACAUGAAGAGAAGCAGAUGGAGGGAUCAGAUGGUAUAGGGGAUGUUUUAAGUCAUUUGAGAAAACAAGUUGAAAUUUUGUUCAACACGAGAUACGCGAAAGCCAUAGGAAUAUCAGAGCCGGUCAAAGUUCCCUACUCCAAGUUCCUGAUGUAUCCUGAGGACCUGUUUGUUGUGGGUUUGCCAGAGGGCAUCCUACUGCGGCGCCCCAACUGCUUCGGGAUUGCCAAGCUGAAGAAGAUCCUGCAAGCGAGCAACAACAUCCAGUUUGUCAUUAAAAGACCAGAGCUGCUGGCGGAGGGCGUAAAGGAGCCGGCGUCGGACAGCCCGGCAGCCAAAGCCGCCGGCGAGAGGGACUCAAGCGAGGCGCUGCUGGAGGAUGCUGUGAAGAGACAAGGCUUCCAAGAAAAUUAUGAUGCCAGACUUUCCAGAAUAGACAUCGCUAACACGCUGCGGGAACAAGUCCAGGACCUGUUCAAUAAGAAAUAUGGUGAGGCCUUGGGGAUUAAAUACCCCGUGCAAGUGCCAUACAAACGGAUCAAGAGCAAUCCGGGGUCGGUGAUUAUAGAGGGGCUGCCCCCUGGGAUCCCUUUCAGGAAGCCGUGUACCUUUGGCUCACAGAACCUGGAGAGGAUAUUGGCCGUCGCCGAUAAAAUCAAGUUCACCGUGACGAGGCCUUUUCAAGGACUCAUCCCCAAACCCGAGCACAGUCCUCCUCAAGACUUUGAUGAGAUGUGCCUCGCAUUGGAAACUCCUAGUAAGAAAAAAAAAAGAAAAGAGGGAAGUGCUUGAUGGAGCGGUGAUGGGAGCUGAGGUGAUGGGAGCUGAGCACAUCUUGCUCCAUCACAGGUUGCUUAUUGAGGUCCAUGCCCCUCUCCCUUCUCCCCCUCAGCCUUGAUGUUUAACCCUUGAAGGAGCAGACAGGUUAUUUCUCCUUCUGAUCCACCUUCCUGUUAUCCAGGGUGAAUUAUUUUUUAGUGUUCAGUGUUUCUAGUCUGAAGGUGAAAAUUCAAGCAGGUACUGUGAAUAGCUGUGGAGCUUCAAAGCCUGUUUCUAAGCAUCUCCACAAUUCCAGUCAACUUUUUCUUUGCCAAUUUUUUGUCUCCUUUUCCCUUUCACCUGUGUGUGUGGCAUCCUCGCACUGACAAGAAGGCAGCACCAUCACCCGGCUCAUCCCAGCCCUUGUGUUUGCUUUGCUCUUGUCUCCCUCUCCCCCCCCCCUCCCAGACUCAUAUCCUGCCACGUCCUUCAGAAACCCCAAGCCCCGGUUUUUCAGGGUGCUCAUCACACAGCGAGAUGGGUGCUGCUCCGUCCUGGCUGUGGUCUGGCACUUAGGGAUGUGCUCCGUGCCUCGCAGCAGUGGCUGUGAGCCUGGUGGGAUACCUCCCAUCGUUAAGGCUGAGCAGCACAUGUGGGUUACCAGGACAAGAAAUUUUAAUUAUCUUUCUUAAUCAGCAUGAUCUCAUAACGGCACCUUGAAAUCUUCACCUGAAGUGCUGCAAAUGCGUUUGAGCUGCUGCCAACCAAAUGAAAUGCCACACUGCCCUUCCUAAAGCAGUUCUGGUCAUAUUGGAAAGAUGCUGUUGUAUGCUUUUCUUUCUUGCUGCCUGCCUGCCUGCAGUCUGCCUGCGCUCCUGCCCAUGCUUCUGCCUGCAUACCUCCUUGACAGGAGCUACACCAGGAACUCAUUCCCUCUUGGCCUGGACUUUAGUUUGUCUUUCCCAGUGCUGGCAUGACCCAUCUCUUCCCCUUUGCAAUGCAUAUUUGCCUCAACAUUGUGCAUGGCAGGUGGUGCCCACUGGGUGCCCACACAGGCAGGGUGUCACCCAGCAAUUUGGGGGACCAGGUGACGGGCAGCAUCACUUAUUUUCUGGCUGGGUUCUGCUGCAUACAGGCCAGGAUUUGUCUGCCUGCAGCACCAGCAGUGCAGGGUCCAGCCCAGCACCCCGGCUCACCACGGGCUGCACCGCAAUGCCGGUGCCUGCAGCUGCCCUGUGCAAAACCCCAUGUUUUUCUGUUCCUUUGGUGCCACUGAACUGAACUGAAGCACUCUCCCUGCACAUGGAGGCAUGAGCAGAGCUCUUGUCUUCUGUGUGCUGCAGUGGCUGCUUUCCUGAGCCUGCUUGAAAUGUUUGAUGCAUGUUUUGAGCUACUGCAGAUUGCUUGUACCUCUGCUCCGCAAAUUCGGACACCUCUGCUCUCUCCCCUCAUCCCCUCCAGUUUGCUCCUGCCUGCGUGCUGCCAUUCGGCAGUAAGAGCUUUCCUCAUGCCACAGCCUGCAGCCCCCGUCCUCCCCGCUGGCUCUCCCCGUGGCUGCUUCAUUCCCCCUUUUGCCCACCAUGCAAAUCCUGGCCCUAGCCCUAUCCCUGCUGCUUUUCCCCAGGAAAUUCAUUUCUUUUUGAUAUCACUCGUCACUUUGGAGUCAAUGGCGAGCACCAGCCUCUCCUUAGGGAUCCCUUUUUUUCCCAUUUUCCCCCAUUGCUGUAGAACUGACACAAUUUCCCUGUUUGCUUUUCAUCUGCUUUAACCUCAGAUAUUUUUUUCUCCUCCAGCACCGGUGCAGCCCUGCAGCACAACUGCUGCUGCUUUGGCACAUGCCAUAAAUGCUGCCAUUCAGCUACGUAUCCCUGGCACGUGUGGACCUGGAGCUGCUCAGGAGUGCAGUGUAGCUCAGGAGAUGCUCACAGGCUCAAGCACAUCCCAAAAUGGGUCCCUGCUG